UACAACUAAUAUAAUCCAAAAUCCAAAAUCAUCACCACCUCCAAAUUUCGUUUUGCCAAACUGAAAAAUAAUCUCUGAAGCUUCAGCGCCUUCAUCAAUGGAGCGUCUGCGCCUCUUCCUCCACCACAUCCUCUCCUUCCACAUAAUCCUCGCCUCCACCAUCUCCCACUACCUCUUCUCUCCCUUCUCCAAAAUCCGCCGCUUCCCGAUCAUCACUCCAAUCUCCGAGUGGUUCCUCUCCGUCUACUUCAAAUUCGCAUGCAACCUGAUCCAAUGCACAGUCGAUUUGGACGACCAGACCACCAUGCAUUUCCUCGCUCCCGCCCACCGCCGAUUCAACAAGCCCAAUCUGGUGAUGAUCCACGGCUACGGCGGCAACUCCAAGUGGCAAUUCGUCUACCAGGCUGCCUCGCUAGCGGAAUCCUUCAACGUCUACAUACCUGACCUCCUCUUCUUUGGGAAAUCCUACUCGAACCGCACGAACCGCACCGAGACAUUUCAGGCGGAGUGCGUGACGGCGGGACUGAGGAGAUUGGGCGUUGAGAGGUGCUCGAUAUAUGCCAUCAGCUACGGCGGAUUCGUGUGCUACCGGAUGGCUGAGAUGCACCCGGAGCUGGUGGAGAAGGCAGUGAUUGUGAGCAGUGGGGUCGGGUGCACGCAGAGCCAGAAAGGGGAGCAGAUGAAGAACGUGGGGAUUGAUGUGUUGGAUCUUCUCCUUCCCCGGACGCCGGUUGGGAUGAAGCGGCUGGUGGAGCUCUCUGUCUAUAAGUCCAAUCCGCUGCGGUGGGCCCCGGAUUUCGUGCUCGAGGAGUUUAUUGACACAAUGUGCAACACUAACAGAAAGGAGAAACAAGAGUUGGUAGAACAUCUCUUGGCCAAUAGUGAAAAAUGCAAGGUCCAACCACUCAGUCAGGAAAUAUUGCUUGUUUGGGGCGACAAGGAUAAGAUCUUCCCAUUAAACUUCGCCUAUGAGCUGCAGAGAAACUUGGGCCCGAAAGCUAGUCUGGAAAUCCUCCGGGAUGCAGGGCAUGCAGUAAACUUCGACUCUCCCGAUUCCUUGAAUGAUCUGAUAAAAGGAUUCAUCUUAGAGUGAUACAUACCAAGCAGGUUUAUCUUCAUAUGGUUGAAAUACACGAUAAAAUGUUCUUUAGAAGCGUUUUUGCUCGAUUAUAGAUGCCGGGGCAAUCUCGGAUCAUAGGCAUAGUACACAGGCCGUGUGUGUGUGUCUCUGUGUCUCAAAAGCAGCUGUAGUGUUGUCUGUAAGGCUGUUGCUAGUUGUCCUGGUUCAAAAAAGUGGCUUGUAGAAUUUGUAUAUUAGUUGUAUUGCAUGAAUUUGUGGAAACUAGCAGCUGCCGUGAAAUUUUAAAUCAUCUAUAAAACUCGUUUUAUUUUUCA